AUGCUGUCAACAACUCAAUGUAUUAUAUGUGUUAUGCCUAUUUUUUCAUUUAAUCUUUCGGCAUUACACUGUGGCCAUACAUUUCAUUUGCGUUGCAUUAUGACAUGGUUAAGUAAUUCUAUUAAUUGUCCAAUUUGUCGCAGAGAGAUAACAGUAAGAGAACCAAUUAAGCCAUUAUUUAUUCGAGAAAGGACAAGAGAUCGAUUUAGGAAGAAUCGUUAUUUAGCUGCACUACAGAAUAUGGUGGUGUACCAAAGUCAUAUGAGUAGCCUAAGCUCAAAAGAAAUACAAGCCGCAUAUUUUUCCGGAGGAAUUGCAUUGCAAUGCCUUAUUCAAAAAUUUUAUGAAUUUGAAUUAAACACUACCUUAUGGAAAAAAGCAAAACGAUGUCCUCUCUGUAUGGAACAUCUUCUCGCAAAGGAUACUUAUCAUUCGCAAUGUGGUCAUUCGCUUCAUAAACAUUGUUUCGAAAAAUGGAUAAACAUUGAUACGGAAUGUCAGGUUUGUCGUAAGAAAGCAAUAUUCGAAAGUAUGGAUGACGAUUUGUUGCGAAUAUUGAGCGAAGAGACUUUUCCGUUUAAUCAGGACAAUUUAAAUGAGCCAAUAGAUGAGGCUGAACGUGAAUCGGAUAAACUUCUAAGAGAGAAUACCGCUUCACAUCUGAAGAUAAUGCAAGCUGCCAUGUUGUUAGAAACAGCAUUGAAACUCUAA